ACUUUUUUUCGAUAUUUCUUAAAAUGGCGUGGUGUGCUGCUGUAGGUUGUACUAAUCAUACGGCUAAUAAUCCCGAGAAAGUUCAGUUUUUUAAAUUGCCGUCAAAUGAAGAUACGCGCAAAAAGUGGAUACAUGCUUUGCGGAAUAAAAAUUUACCUAAAAGGGUCUUUGUUUGUUCAAAACAUUUUGAAGAAAAAUGCUUUGAUCCAAGUUGGGACAUGCAACACCAGAUAUUACCGCGAAAAAUCCCGAGAAUGCUGUUAAAAAAUGCCUUUCCAACAAUAUUUUGUUUUCAAGAGCAACCAAAGGAAAGAAAGGCCUCAGUUCGAAGGGCCCAAUGCAGAGAAAGAGAAGAGGUCAUAGAAAUGGCCGUAGUGAUGGAAUUGCAUGAAGAAGAAGUGGAAGCUAGCAACACAUGUGGAACACAAACUGAUUCUUCUAUUGUCGUUAGUAAACCAAAAGUUGUCUUGCGAUCUAUUGGUACCCAGACUUCUCCAAUUAGUGUCAGAAAUAUGGGGUAUCAAGUUAAUAUGCGACCUUGACACAGAAGUCAAUGUGUACAAGUAACGCCAGAUACAACAAACAUUCACCAUCAAACACGUCUUGACGGUAAUUUAAAUUCAUUCCUAAAUUUUGUUUCUUUUUUCCUAGACCAAGGCGACUGGGACAAAGACGACGAUGUUGAUGAUUGGAUCAUAACUUAAAUGUGGAUAGAGAACAGGAGACAUCUAAAAAAGCUGAAAAAGAGAGCAAUGUGAAACCAAUUUUUCGCAUUGCCUAUAGCAAACCAACAAAACGUUUUGUCGCCAAAAAGGAAAAGUCGCAAAAGAUUAUAAUUACCUUGUUGACAUGCUCGGUAAUAUAAUCACACGAGUUGAAGAAAAUAGAAAGGUAACCACGGAAAAGCGCAGCAAACGUAAGCUCAGUUUGACUGUAGCACUAUCAGAGAGA